CCGCAUUCGUCGUUGCACUUACCGUUCGACUGGACUAGCACAGCUAGCGCUCACUAGAGCUGUGAGCCCAGUCCCCACCACCCAAGCGACAAAGCGAACGAAAGCACCACCGACGAGACCGAGACCUGUGCCCGUGUGUUAACCAGAUACCUCAGCCCCUAGCCACUCCGCACCAUGGCCAUGCGUGGUGUAACGGUUUUGUUUUUCCAAGUGCUGAUACUGUGCUUCCAGGCGAAGGCCUGGAAUCCGGUUCGGCGAUCGUACGAGCUGAAACAGGAAGCGGCGACGCUCGAUAACGUUCAUCUUGUUACGGAGUGUAUGCACGUCACCUCGGAGGAGGGUGAGUUCUCCUUCAUCAAGCUGCCACCGACGCGAUCGACCUCGAGCUGGAAGGGCACGGGUGGUGGCCGGGGGGAAAGCUGGUCCGGGCUGGCCGGGAUGGAGAGUGACACGCUGGUGGCAGGCGACGGCGGGAGCGGCGAGCUGGUGAAUGGUGGACCGGCCGCCGUCUGCGGCGUCUACUUCGUUGCCGAUCCGGAUCAGAUAAUCGAAAUCACGAUGAAGCAGGUGAAUGUCGAUUGCCGCACCGGUGGCCUAAUGGCGUUCGUCGAUGGGUGGGAGCUGAACGGGCAGUACUUCCCGGGUGAGCAGGACCACGAGCAGCGGCUGGAGCGCCGGGUGCAGGAGUUCUGCACCGAGCAGACGCUCCCCCAGUGGCCCACCAAGGCGACACCGUCGAAGGCGUGGGUGUUUCGUUCGAGCCAAAACUGUGCCCUCGUCCAGUACCGCAUCCCGGAGCGAGGAUCCUUCGUCAUCUCCGCCCGCUUCCUGCACAACUCCAAGCCAUGCAACAUUAUGGCGGAGGGGCUCGCCCCGUACUACAUGCUACGCAACUAUGGUCAACCGAAGAACUGCACGUUGACGGCACUAUUCCCAGCCGUCGUGUCAGUGAUUGCACUGGAGGUCGGUCCGGUCAACAAGAACGUCCAUUAUUGUGAACGCGUACGGUCCGACGACAAGCUGGAGGUUGGCGGUUCGACCGGGCUGGAUCCGCACCAGAUGAUGAAGGCGAGCACGAUCUGCGGGCGCAGCGGUGGCCGCAUGGACCUGGACCAGAGCAUCCUGUGUGGUACGACCUCGGUGCGGCUAGUUUCGAGCGGGCAGUACAACAACCAGGCUAUGGUAACGAUACGAAUGGCCGAGGAGGCCGAUCUCCGGCUGGCGGCGGUUAUGUGUGCGAUGUAAGGCGCACUGUGCCUCUGACAGCAUACAAACGAAACAAACACUAAUUUGAAGAACUAACUAACUUAAGGAAAAAGAACAAAAAAGGAAAACCUCAAUCACGUGGACGAAAGCAAGUGGGCGCAGUCUUCUGAAAUAUACUGAAAGGACACAAGACGAACCAAACAUCAAAGGAAUAAAUAACAAACCAUGGAUUUGCAAAGCUGG